AUGCGCUCCACCACCGCGGAGAAGAAACCGCUGCCGGAGAAGAUGCUUACGGCGGCGCCGCUCGCCCAGUCCAGCACGGGCACGGUCACACAGUCACCGGUCGAGUCGUGGACGGUGGCCAGGGUCUCCGCGGUCGGCAUCGGCGUCGGCGUCGUCUACGGCUCCAUCAGGCUCGACAUCCUCAAGGUACAUGGAAUUCAUCAGGGAUGGGGAAGGGAAAUUCAUCAGGUACAUGUUUGGUUCAGAUUUGAGGUCAUUCUCAUGGCCGCCACGCGUGGGUCACGGACACCCCGAUCUGGCUCUCCACCUCACGCCGACGCGGUGCCUCCCGGCGACGACUUCCUCCUCCUCACGCCCUUGCCGUCCUCCUCCGCAAGACUUCACCGUCGCCUGCGCGAGCCCGACGCGUGGGAGGACGACGUCGACCAUGGAGCACCGCGGACGUGCUACCACCAUGGUGGGGACGAGGCGGAGUAUGUCGCGCCGGCGGCGACGACCAUGGAGCACCGCGGACGUGCUACCACCAUGGCUUGCUCAGAGGAUAGUGCAAGGAGAUGUCCCACAAGCACUGACAAAUUGUCGAAAUCUCCAGCAUUUGAUUCAUUUUGGGUGCUGUAUGUGAAAUACUUGUCAGAGAUGGCAAAGCUGUUCUAUGCAGGGUAUGCCUCCGAGCUAGCCGAUGCGUACUGUAUCCAGUGUUCUAUUGCAUCCGGUGCGACCUCAAAGAAUACCUUCUUCUACCUGGGCGUUGAGCGCCUCAGGGACGACGAGGUGCAGCGCCUGGGGUGGAAGCAGUUCAACUACACGAUGAUGAAUUUUUGCAGAGAAGUUCAGUUGCCUUGCGUAUGGCUUUACCAACAGUUCUUUUGUGCAGUUGACGCAAUGGGCCAUAUGACUCUUGGCAGGGAAGAAGCUAUUUGGGCUGAAUCAGACGAGGUGCUGGAGCAGAUUGGGAAGGGCUCCUUUGGCUCUGCGCUCCUGGUGAGGCAAAAGGUUGAGAGGAAGAGGUAUGUCUUGAAGAAGAUCCGGCUCGCCUGUCAAACCGUCAGGUGCCGGCGAUCCGCACACCAAGAGAUGGAGCUCAUCGCAAAAGUAAGGAGCCCAAUCAUCGUGGAAUACAAAGAUUCUUGGGUGGAGAAGAAACUCUGUGUGUGGCUUGUGCAGCUCCUGAUGGCGCUUGAUUACUUGCAUGCCAAUCAUAUCCUUCAUCGAGAUGUCAAGGUUGUUACAUUUGUAACCUUUAUCUGGUACUCACAUUUCAUUUCAGUUAAGCCUAGCCGGUUGCUCACCAUGCAUAGUACUUUUUUUCAGUGUUCAAAUAUAUUUCUUCCAAAGGACCAAAAUAUACGGAUCGGCGAUUUUGGGCUUGCUAAAGUGUUUACUUCUGAUGAUUUAGCUUCGUCGGUUGUAGGAACUCCCAGUUACAUGUACCCUGAACUUCUUCCUGACAUUCCAUAUGGCUCCAAGUCCGAUGUAUGGUCGUUAGGCAAGUCUUCCUAUCUAAUAUUCAGUCACAUGUCUUGCUCUGAAUGUCGCAUUGUUCUCUUGUCUAAACAUCUGCAAUUUUCAGGAUGCUGCAUCUAUGAGAUGACUGCGCUGAAGCAUGCAUUCAAAGCAUUUGAUAUGCAAACACUGAUAAACAAGAUUAACAAGUCUGUUGUCGCCCCUCUACCGACUAUAUAUUCUGGCGCAUUUAGGGGAUUCAUCGAAAGCAUGCUGCGCAGAAAUCCAGAUCACAGACCGUGCUGUAGAUCUGCUAAACCAUCUGCAUCUUCAGCCCUAUGUGUUGGAAAUCCAAUCGAAAUCAAGUCCGGCUCGCAAUAUGUUCCCAGCUAUACUUCCUAACAGACAUGAAA